AUGAAGAUGAUGGGCUUGAACAAUGCGGUGCACUGGGUGGCUUGGUUCAUCACCGGCUUCGUCCAGCUCUCCAUCUCAGUCACAGCACUCACUGCCAUCCUCAAGUAUGGCAAGGUCCUGAUGCACAGUGAUGUCCUCAUCAUAUGGCUCUUCCUCGCCAUCUACGCUGUGGCCACCAUCAUGUUCUGCUUCCUGGUGUCGGUGCUCUACUCCAAGGCCAAGCUCGCCUCUGCCUGUGGUGGCAUCAUUUACUUCCUCAGCUAUGUGCCCUACAUGUACGUGGCCAUCCGGGAGGAGGUGGCACAUGACAAGAUCACAGCCUUUGAGAAGUGCAUCGCGUCCCUCAUGUCCACCACAGCCUUUGGGCUGGGCUCCAAGUAUUUUGCACUGUAUGAGGUGGCUGGUGUGGGUAUCCAGUGGCACACCUUCAGCCAGUCACCUGUGGAAGGAGAUGACUUCAACCUCCUGCUGUCCAUGAUGAUGCUGGUCAUGGAUGCCGUGGUGUACGGGGUGCUCACGUGGUACAUCGAGGCUGUGCACCCGGGCAUGUUCGGCCUGCCGCGGCCCUGGUACUUCCCUUUCCAGAAGUCCUACUGGCUGGGGGCCUGGGAGUGGCCCGGGCCCUGGUCACGCACCACCCGCCUCAGCAUCAUGGAGGAGGAUCAAGCCUGUGCCAUGGAGAACCGGAGGCUGGAGGAGACACGGGGCAUCGAGGAGGAGCCGACACACCUCCCCUUGGUCGUCUGCAUCGACAAGCUCACCAAGGUCUACAAGACAGACAAGAAGCUGGCGCUGAACAAGCUGAGUCUCAACCUCUAUGAGAACCAGGUCGUGUCCUUCCUGGGUCACAACGGUGCAGGCAAGACCACCACCAUGUCCAUCCUCACCGGCUUGUUCCCUCCAACCUCGGGCUCUGCUACCAUCUAUGGCCACGAUAUCCGGACGGAGAUGGAUGAGAUCCGGAAGAACCUGGGCAUGUGUCCCCAGCACAACGUGCUCUUUGAUAGGCUGACAGUGGAGGAGCAUCUCUGGUUCUACUCACAGCUCAAGAGCAUGGCGGAGGAGGAGAUCCGCAAGGAGAUGGAUAAGAUGAUUGAGGACCUGGAACUCUCCAACAAACGGCACUGCCAGGUGCAGACCCUCUCGGGCGGCAUGAAGAGGAAGCUAUCAGUGGCCAUUGCCUUUGUGGGUGGGUCACGGGCUGUGAUCUUGGACGAGCCCACAGCUGGCGUGGACCCGUAUGCCCGCAGGGCCAUCUGGGACCUCAUCCUCAAGUACAAGCCAGGGCGGACCAUCUUGCUCUCCACACACCAUAUGGACGAGGCCGACCUGCUGGGGGACCGCAUCGCUAUCAUCUCCCAUGGCAAGCUCAAGUGCUGUGGCUCUCCACUGUUCCUCAAGAGCACCUAUGGUGAUGGCUACAAGCUGACGGUGGUGAAGAAGCAGUCAGACACCAGGAAUGGCACAGAGCUGGGCCAGCCACACAGCCCCCCAGCCCACUCCUCUGUCAGUCCCUGCUCCGAGCCUCGUGUCUCCCAGUUCAUCAAGAAGUACGUGGCCUCCUGCCUCCUCAUCUCAGACACCAACACGGAGCUCUCCUACAUUCUGCCCAGUGAGGCUGUCAAGAAGGGCUGCUUUGAGAGGCUCUUCCAGCACUUGGAGCAGAGCUUGGAGGAGCUGGACCUCACCAGUUUUGGGCUGAUGGAUACCACGCUGGAGGAGGUCUUCCUGAAGGUGUCUGAGGAGGACCAGUCUCUGGAGAACAGCGAUGUGGACAUGAAGGAGUCCAAGAAGGAUGCCCUGCAGCCACCUGUGUCUGAGCUGGAGAAGCCCGAGGUGGAGCUCAGCAACCUGGUGACCUGCUCCAAGCUGGCGCAGUCGCAGGCAUCCCUGCGCUCGGCCUCCUCGGUGGGCUCCGUGCGGGGCGACGAAGGUGGGGCUUAUUCCGAAUUCUUUGGGGAUUACGCACCCCUGUUCGAUAACCGGCAGGACCCCGAUAACAUCAGUCUGCAAGAGGCAGAGGUGGAGGACCGUGACCUGGCGGGGCAGGGGAGCUUCAAGCUGGAGGGCUCAUGGCUGAAGCUGCGCCAGUUCCAUGGGCUGAUCGUCAAACGCUUCCACUGCGCCAAGCGCAACACCAAGGCCCUCUUCUCACAGAUCCUCCUGCCUGCCUUCUUCGUCUGCGUGGCCAUGACUGUGGCACUCUCUGUGCCCGAAAUAGGUGACUUGCCACCUCUCAUCCUCUCGCCAUCGCAGUACCACAACUACACCCAGCCCAAGGGCAAUUUCAUUCCUUAUGCCAACGAGGAGCGGCGUGAGUACCGCAUCAGGCUGUCUCCUGAUGCCAGCCCCCAGCAGCUGGUGAACACCUUCCACCUGCCCUCUGGCGUGGGGGCCACCUGCGUGCUCAAGACACCCUUCAACAACACGCUGGACCAGCCUAUGCAGACCCUCAACCUCAACAGCAAUGAGUCCAAGAUGCUGGCAGCCAAGUACUUUGAUGCCAUGUGCAUCGACUCCUUCACACAGGGCCUGCCACUCUCCAACUUUGUGCCACCGCCUCCGUCCCCAGCUCCCUCUGACUACCCCAUCUCAGUGGAUGAGGACCUGCUCCAUGCCUGGAACUCCACGGCCUUCUCUGCUGUCAAAGGUAUCACCUGGACUGUGACCUCAGCCCCCGCCCUGCCCCGCAUCAUCCACGAGCCCAUCAAGUGCACAUGCUCCAUGCAGGGGACUGGCUUCUCCUGCCCCAACGGUGUGGGGGGCCACCCCCCGCAGAUGAAGGUGGUGACAGGGGACAUCCUGGCAGACAUCACAGGGCGCAACGUCUCCGAGUAUCUGCUCUACACCUCAGACCGCUUCCGGCUGCACAGGUAUGGGGCACUCACCUUCGGCAAUGUCCAGAAGUCCAUCCCGGCCUCCUUCGGGGCCAGGGCUCCUGCCACCGUGCGCAAGAUCGCUGUGCGGAGAACAGCCCAGGUCUUCUACAACAACAAGGGCUACCACAGCAUGCCCACCUACCUCAAUGCCCUCAAUAACGCCAUCCUGAGAGCUAACCUGCCUAAGAGCAAGGGCAACCCUGCUGCCUACGGCAUCACAGUCACCAAUCACCCCAUGAACAAGACGAGCGCCAGCCUGUCCCUGGAUUACCUCCUGCAAGGCACAGAUGUGGUGAUUGCCAUCUUCAUCAUUGUGGCCAUGUCCUUCGUCCCAGCCAGCUUUGUGGUGUUCCUGGUGGCUGAAAAGGCCACCAAGGCCAAACACCUGCAGUUCGUGAGCGGCUGUGACCCUGUCAUCUACUGGUUGGCAAACUAUGUGUGGGACAUGCUGAACUACCUGGUGCCAGCCACGUGCUGCAUCAUCAUCCUGUUUGUGUUCGACCUCCCAGCGUACACCUCUCCAACCAACUUCCCCGCAGUCCUCUCCCUCUUCCUGCUCUAUGGCUGGUCCAUCACCCCCAUCAUGUACCCAGCCUCCUUCUGGUUUGAGGUGCCCAGCUCUGCCUACGUCUUCCUCAUCGUCAUCAACCUCUUCAUCGGCAUCACAGCCACUGUUGCCACAUUCCUGUUACAGCUCUUUGAGCACGACAAGGACCUGAAGGUGGUGAACAGCUACCUGAAGAGCUGCUUCCUUGUGUUUCCUAACUACAACCUGGGCCACGGCCUGAUGGAGAUGGCCUACAACGAGUACAUCAACGAAUACUACGCCAAGAUCGGGCAGGUCGAUAAAAUGAAAUCACCCUUCGAAUGGGACAUCGUGACACGAGGGCUUGUUGCCAUGACAAUUGAAGGCUUUGUUGGCUUCUUCAUCACCAUCAUGUGCCAGUACAACUUCUUCCGGAAGCCCCAGCGCCUGCCUGUCUCCACCAAACCCAUUGAGGAUGACAUUGACGUGGCCAACGAGCGGCACCGGGUUCUGCGUGGUGAUGCCGACAACGACAUGCUGAAGAUUGAGAACCUCACCAAGGUGUACAAGUCUCGCAAGAUCGGGCGCAUCCUCGCCGUGGACCGGCUGUGCGUGGGUGUGCGGCCCGGGGAGUGCUUCGGGCUGCUGGGUGUCAACGGCGCGGGCAAGACCACCACCUUCAAGAUGCUGACGGGGGAUGAGAGCACCACGGGCGGAGAGGCCUUUGUUAAUGGGCACAGCAUCCUGAAGGAGCUCCUGCAGGUCCAGCAGAGCUUGGGCUACUGCCCCCAGUUUGACGCACUCUUCGAUGAGCUGACGGCCCAGGAGCACCUGGAGCUCUACACCCGCCUGCGUGGCAUCCCCUGGAAGGACGAGGAGCGGGUGGUCAAGUGGGCACUGAAGAAGCUGGAGCUGACCAAGUAUGCAGACAAGCCUGCCAGCACCUACAGUGGGGGCAACAAAAGGAAGCUGUCCACAGCCAUCGCACUCAUUGGAUACCCAGCCUUCAUCUUCCUGGAUGAGCCAACCACAGGGAUGGAUCCCAAGGCACGGCGUUUCCUCUGGAACCUCAUCCUGGAUGUCAUCAAAACGGGUCGCUCCGUGGUGCUCACAUCUCACAGCAUGGAGGAGUGUGAGGCGCUUUGCACCCGCCUGGCCAUCAUGGUGAAUGGGCGGCUCAAGUGUCUUGGCAGCAUCCAGCACCUGAAGAACAGGUUCGGUGAUGGCUACAUGAUCACAGUGCGCACCAAGUCCAGCCUCAAUGUCAAGGAGGUGGUGAGGUUCUUCAACCGCAACUUCCCUGAGGCCAUUCUCAAGGAGCGGCACCACACCAAGGCCCAGUACCAGCUGAAGUCGGACCAGAUCUCGUUGGCACAGGUCUUCAGCAAGAUGGAGCAGGUGGUGGAUGUGCUGGGCAUUGAAGACUACUCUGUCAGCCAGACCACACUGGACAACGUGUUCGUGAAUUUUGCCAAGAAGCAAAGUGACAACCUGGAGCAGCAGGAGACCAGCCCCAGCUGUGCCCUGCAGUCACCCCUGGAGCGUGUGCUGAGCCUGCUGCGGCCCCGCGCUGCCCCCACUGAGCUGCGGGCCCUCGUGGUGGAGGAGCAGGAAGACCUGGAGACUGAUGAUGAAGGCCUCAUCAGCUUCGAGGAGGAGAGGGCUCAGCUCUCCUUCAACACGGAUACGCUGUGCUGA